UUCACUCAGUCAGUCAUCGAUUCAAUAGCGAAUAACAUCAUAUAAGAAGUGUUCGCAUGUUGAAAAAGACAAUUCUAAUAAAGUUAAGCCUGCAAAAGGGAACAGACUCGGUGGAAAUUGGUUUUCUUAACCGGAACAACGAAACAAAAACUUUGUGAAAUCAAGUGUUCCUAUCGUUACCUUAGAAACCAAAGGCAAAAAGAGAAAAAAUAAAAAGAAAUUUUUUAGUAAAUUUUUGACAAUCAAAACGUAUAAAUGCAACAAAAGCACAAUAAAUUGAUCAAAUACUAAAAAUGUUCAGAAUAUGAUAACAUUUUAACGCGUUUUGAUAACAUUUUCGGUUUUAAUUAUAUUUAUUUAUUUUUUUACGUAUUUCUUGUAUGCGACGAGAUUUGAUUUAUUCCAUACGUGUAAGAAAAAAAAAUGUGCAGAGUGUAUUGUCGUCAUUCGACUUGAAGCGUCGCCUAAUGUUUUUGUUGUUGGAUAUUUAAUUUUUGAAAGUUUGCACUGUUUUUUUUUCUCAAUUGGUACAUUCUAGAGAAAAAACCCCACAAGGACACGCCUAAUACUUUAACAUUAGUUGUUGCUGAAUUUUUGUCCUCUUGUUCCACUGUUUUAACACCGUAAACGAAUACGAAUGUGAUUAUUGAAUUUUCGCGCAGACAAAAUAGUAGUACAAAUAGAUAUCACACGAAAAUAAUUUCAAAAUCAGUUUAUACGCGAUAAUUAACUCAAAUUAUCUAACGAGCUUAUGCAGCCGAAACGGAUGAUAACAACAAGUGGAAAGCAUUUCAUAGUAGAAUAACAGAUCAAAAUUCCAAAUACUUCGGAACGAAUUCUAAUCGGUAGAGAAACAAAUUUUAAUUGCAAUGGCUUGGACAUAUUACACAUCAUGGCAAUAUCAUCGACGAAAAAGACCUAAUCCACAUUGUACACAACAACGAGUAGAGCAACAGCAGCCAGAAAAACAACAGUGUCUUCACCUUCCAAACUUUUGUUGGAUAAAUAAUUUAGCGUUUGUGUUUAUUUGUUCGCUAAUAAUUCAACAUUGCCCGACAACAACGGGCACCGAGAUAAUCAACGGUUAUGAUGAUAGUAAUAUUGAACACUGUGUGUGGUAUGGUGUGUGCAAAACUGAUCCGUUGACGCAGCACAAGCUGUACUGCAGCAAUAAUGACACAGCCAAGCGAUUACCAACGGAUGGCCAACGUCUGUUGCGACAUUAUUGUUCUCAUUUAGUACACGGUGAAACCGAUACAUUCACAUGCUGUGAUGGCGAACAGAUCGAUGUAAUCAAUAAGAAUAUCAAAUUAGCAGCGAAUUUUCUACAAAGAUGUCCGUCGUGCUUUAGUAAUUUUGUACGACAAAUAUGCGAUAUGACAUGUAGUCCAAAGCAAUCGCAGUUCAUGCGAAUUCAGGGAAUUGAGCAAGGAGCAAAAGGUCCAAUCGUGACGGGUGUCGACAUUUCAAUAACCGAAAGAUUCCUGAAUGAAACUUUCCGGUCAUGCUCUCAGGUCAUCGUUCCUUCAACUGGGAAACUGGCGUUGGAUAUGAUGUGCGGCGAAUGGGGUGCUUCGCGUUGUAGUCCAAAGAAAUGGUUUGAUUUUAUGGGUGAUGCUUCUGAUAAUAACCCAUAUGUUCCAUUUCAAAUCACUUAUAUUACCGAUCCAAUUCCGGGUUAUACUCAGCUAGAUCCACCUACUGUACCGUGCAAUAAGGCUGUUAACAAUAAGACGUUACCAUGUGCAUGUGUUGAUUGUGAACAAUCUUGCCCGAAGCCAUCGCCGUUGCCGCCGCCACCAAAACCAUUCACAAUAUUCGGCCUGGAUGGAUACAAAGUGUUCAUGGCCGCAUUGUUCGUUGUUUUUUCAGCACUAUUUUUAAUCGGCGUUUGCCUUUAUCCAAGUAAAUCCAUGGAUGCGGGUUUGGUUCGGAUAGACUGCGUUCAUGGUGAGAUAAAUUCAAAUUCGGAUCGGCGGUUAGGAAGAAAUGGACCACAAUGUCAACCAUGCGACGCAGAUGCAAUUGACAGUGAAGACUCGCCAUUACAGUCAAAACGUUCGAGUGGAACAUGGGAAGGUGACCCAGAUCUUGAUAGGCACCAGAACAAUGGAAUGGGAAGUGAUGAAGCUGAUAGUGGAUACUUUGAGCGGCUGGGAGCGCAUACGGAAAUCUUUUUCGAAAAAUGCUUCACAGCAUGGGGUACAUGGUGUGCCAAUAAUCCAUGGCUGGUUCUGUUCAUAGGUUUCUGCUUUGUUUGUGCGAUGGGACAUGGCAUAAAGUAUCUGAAAAUCACAACCGAUCCGGUCGAACUAUGGGCAGCGCCCAAUUCACGUUCACGUAUCGAACGCGAAUUUUUCGAUUCUAAUUUUGAACCAUUCUAUCGAAUUGAACAGAUUAUAAUUAAAGCAAAUUUACCUAAUUUCACCUAUGAUACAUCGAAUGGGCCCAUUCAAUUCGGACCAGCAUUCAAUAAAACGUUUUUACUCGAAGUGUUUGAGCUACAAAAUAGCAUUAAAAUGCUGGGUGAAGGGACCAAUCACAGUUUGGAGAAGAUUUGUUUUGCACCAUUGAGUUCUGAAUUCACGGGACCAGUCAAACCGGCCGAUUGUGUUGUACAAUCGAUUUGGGGCUAUUUCCAAGAUGACAAGGUGAAAUUUGAAGAAGAAGAUGUCGACAGCAAAGGUUUCAACAUUACGUACUUGGAUACGUUGAUGAAGUGCUUUGGAAAUUCAUUCGAUCCUGAAUGUUUAGCUCAGUACGGUGGUCCAAUUGAUCCGGCCAUUGCACUCGGCGGAUUCCUAGAAAGCGGUCAAUCACUCAGUGGAACGACCGAUUACAACAAAGCAAACGUUGUUAUUUUAACAUUUUUGGUGAAUAAUUAUCACAAAAAGGAGCGCUUAGAGCCGGCCAAAAAGUGGGAAGCAUUGUACGUUGAAUUUAUGAAAGAUUGGGUGAAACACAACAAAUCAAAACACAUCGAUAUCGCAUUCUCAUCAGAAAGAUCGAUUGAAGAUGAACUGUUGCGUGAAUCAAAAUCGGACAUUUCAACCAUUAUCGUGUCAUAUCUGAUAAUGUUUGUGUACAUUGCAAUUGCGUUGGGUCAUGUUGAACUCGAGCGAUACAGUCGCAUUUUGAUUGACAGUAAAAUUACACUGGGAAUCGGUGGUGUGGUGAUUGUACUGGCGUCGGUGGUUUCAUCGGUGGGAAUGUUCGGAUUCAUUGGUUUACCAGCUACGCUAAUCAUCGUUGAAGUAAUUCCAUUCUUGGUACUCGCUGUUGGUGUCGACAAUAUAUUCAUUCUGGUUCAAACACAUCAGCGUGACGCAAAGCGACCGAAUGAGUCACAUGCCGAUCACGUUGGACGAAUUCUGGGAAAAGUGGGACCAUCAAUGCUUCUAACAUCGGUCAGCGAAAGUUGUUGCUUCUUCCUGGGUGGGCUGUCAGAUAUGCCUGCUGUUAAGGCUUUUGCACUGUACGCUGGAAUGGCGCUAAUCAUUGAUUUCGUACUGCAAAUCACAUGUUUUGUGAGCCUUUUGGCCUUGGAUACGGUGCGCCAAGCGGAGAAUCGUUAUGAUAUUUUAUGCUUUAUUCGCGGCAAGCGUGAUGACGUGAUGACAGUGAUGGAAGGAACCUUAUUCAAAUUUUUCAAAUUAAUUUAUGUGCCUUUCUUGAUGCAAAACACCGUUCGAACCGUUGUGAUGAUUGUAUUUUUCGGAUGGUUGUGCUCGAGCAUAGCCGUCGCACCGCACAUCGAUGUCGGUCUCGACCAAGAACUCUCCAUGCCCGAAGAUAGUUUCGUUUUGAAAUACUUCCAGUUCAUCAAGAAGUACUUAAGCAUUGGACCGCCCGUUUACUUUGUUGCAACCGGUCUGAAUUACACAAAUACAAAGGAUCAAAACCUAAUUUGCGGCGGACAAUACUGUAAUGAUGACAGUCUAUCGACGCAACUGUUUAUCGCGAGUAAAUCGCCAAACUACACGUACAUUGCGCGCCCUCCGUCAUCUUGGCUAGAUGACUAUUUUGACUGGACGGGUUCGCAAACAUGCUGUCGCUACUUCCCAAAUAAUGAAAGCUUCUGUCCACAUUCAGAUAUGGAAUGUUUGUCCUGUAACAUCAAGUUGGAAUCAAAUCAACGACCCAAUUCUAGUGCAUUCGAACACUACUUGCCGUUCUUUUUGCAAGACAAUCCAGACGAAGAAUGCGCCAAAGGUGGGCAUGCCGCCUACUCGAAUGCUGUCAACUAUCACACAACAAAACUCAAUCACACGGAUGUUGUAGCAUCGUAUUUUAUGUCCUAUCACACAAUUUUGAAGACUUCAUCCGACUAUUAUGAAGCGCUGCGUGGUGCCCGCAAAGUGUCAUACAACAUAACACAAAUGAUCAAAGCAAAUCUACGCUUGAGCGGCGUCACCGAAAGUGAAAUAGCCAAAGUGAAUGUGUUCCCCUACUCAGUUUUUUACGUAUUUUAUGAACAAUACCUAACAAUGUGGCCAGACACCAUACAAAGCAUGGGUUAUUCAGUGCUUGCCAUUUUCAUCGUAACCUUCGUUCUGAUGGGCUUUGACAUUCAUUCAUCGAUUGUUGUUAUCAUCACUAUUACGAUGAUUGUCAUUAACUUGGGUGGCCUCAUGUACUUCUGGAACAUUUCGCUGAAUGCUGUGUCAUUGGUCAAUUUGGUCAUGGCUGUCGGUAUUUCAGUCGAAUUCUGUUCACAUCUCGUCCAUUCGUUCGCCGUUUCGAUGGAAGAGACGCGAGUACGACGUGCUGCUGAUUCACUAACCAAAAUGGGCAGUUCCAUUUUCUCUGGCAUUACAUUGACCAAAUUCGCUGGAAUUCUGGUGCUAGGACUGGCAAAAAGCCAAAUUUUCAAAGUUUUUUAUUUCCGAAUGUACCUGGGAAUCGUACUAUUUGGCGCUGCACAUGGUUUGAUAUUCCUGCCAGUUCUUCUUAGCUUUAUUGGUGCUCCUAUUAAUAAGGUGAAAUUGGCGAAAUAUCGACGACAAGAUUUUCAAGUUCAUGAAACAACACUGUCAACAAAUGCGUGAUGCGAAACAAACGACGUAAUAAUACUUACGUCAUCAACCAUCCCCUCAACAUCGACGUUUCAUCCAAUGCAAGCCUUUCAAAUUCGCUUGCACAAUCUAAUGCCACAAACAAUUAUGUGUCAUCGUCGACUGCAAUCUCGUCAUCAAUGUCCGAACGACCAACCCACGGAUCUUUGAAAUCUGUAAAUUCGCUGGACGACAAUCAUCGAUCACACGAGCUACCACAUAAAAUGCAACGUUCCCAAUAUUCGCAAAAUUCAAUCGAUCUACCGCCGACAACCGAUUCAUCGACCACUGACCUUGUAACCCGAACGUGAAAUGUAAAUAGUAUUAGAGAUAUAAAUAGAUAGCAUCAGACAGAGUGCAUCGCUCCGACUUCCUCUAUAUGUGUUUCUUUUUCUUUGUUUUGUUUUGUUUUGUUUUAUCGUUGCCAUGUAUUUAUGGAUGAGAAUCGAGAGCAUAGAUGCACUUGUCAAAGAGCGACGAUUUUAUCAAAUGCUAUUUAUAAAUCAUUUGGAGAUAAGUUUUCACAAGUUUUUGAAGUUAAGCGAAGAAGAGGAAGACAUAAAAAAUCAUAUUCGAUAAAUUUAAGAUUUUGUGCGGAAAAUUAAAAGAUUAUUGACAACGAAACAAAACAAAAGAAAAACAUUGAGAAGUAACAACAACAAAAAAAAUAAUCUACAAAAGACAUCAAAAACUAAUUGCUUGUCACAUCAUCUUUUCAUUUCAACUAUUCUUCAAUAGUUCUUCUCAUUUGAAACGAGGAAACGCCUUAUUUACUCUAAACAUAUUGAAUAAUGCGAUUCGAACAAUUUGCUUGCAUCUGUUCGACAAAACAAAUUCAAUAAAUUAUUAUUAUCAUUA